CGCUAUCUGGUUCAUGCUCCGAUGCUUGGAGAUAUGGGUUUUCUUCCAUUUUAGCUCUUGAAGAGCUGAUUUUGUUUUUUCCUCCUCCCCACCUUUAUUUUUGGGAGGAGGUGGGUUGCUGCUGGUUCAAAUGAAGGAAUUUCCAGGAACACCUGGAACUUUGACUGCCCUCCUCCUUCGAAUAUCACAGUUUUUAUUUGCAGUGGGUUCAAUAGCUUUGAUGGUAACUACGUCCAGCUUCUUCCAAUACACAGCUUUCUGCUAUCUGAUAGCUUCACUGGCUUUGCAAGUCAUCUGGAGCUUUGCGCUUGCGUGUUUGGAUGCAUGUGCCUUGGCAAGAAAGACUGUCCUCCACAAUCCUAUUUUGGUCACCCUCUUUGUGGUUGGAGAUUGGGUUACUGCGACAUUGACCCUUUCAGCAGCGUCCUCCUCAGCAGGUGUAAUAUUCCUAUACACAAGAGAUUUUGGAUUAUGGAAGGGAGAGGAUUGCAUGAAAUACCAGAUAUCAGUCUCUCUGGCGUUCUUUAGCUGGAUAAUGGUUGGACUAUCAUCUUUAAUAAUGUUGGGGAUUCUGGCUGAAGGUUAAUCCUUCUUUUGAUAAUAGUUCUUAUUCUAGUGAGGAUGUGGUUGGUUAAAUGAAAUUCAUAUUGUUCAAAAA